AUGGCGACGGAGAAACAGAAACACGAGGGAAGAGUUAAAAUCGGACAUUACAUUCUCGGUGAUACGCUCGGAGUCGGGACUUUUGGGAAGGUUAAAGUGGGCCAACAUGAGCUGACCAAGCACCAAGUGGCUGUGAAAAUCUUGAACAGGCAGAAGAUCCGCAGCUUGGACGUGGUGGGAAAAAUCCGCCGGGAGAUCCAGAACCUCAAGCUUUUCAGGCACCCUCACAUAAUUAAACUGUAUCAAGUUAUUAGCACCCCUACAGAUAUCUUCAUGGUCAUGGAGUAUGUCUCAGGUGGAGAGCUCUUCGAUUACAUCUGCAAAAAUGGAAAGUUGGAAGAGAAGGAGAGUCGGCGACUGUUCCAGCAGAUCAUAUCAGCGGUAGAUUACUGCCACAGGCACAUGGUGGUGCACAGAGACCUCAAACCUGAGAACGUGCUGCUCGAUGCGCACAUGAAUGCAAAGAUCGCAGAUUUCGGUCUGUCAAACAUGAUGUCAGACGGAGAGUUCCUGAGAACAAGUUGUGGUUCUCCAAACUAUGCUGCUCCAGAGGUCAUCUCAGGAAGGUUAUACGCCGGUCCUGAGGUGGAUAUAUGGAGUAGUGGUGUCAUUCUGUAUGCGUUAUUGUGUGGGACACUCCCCUUCGAUGACGACCAUGUGCCAACGCUCUUUAAAAAGAUUUGCGAUGGGAUCUUUUUCACGCCGCAGUAUCUGAACCCCUCAGUAGUAAGCCUCCUUAAACACAUGCUGCAAGUGGAUCCAAUGAAAAGGGCAACUAUUAAAGAGAUCCGUGAGGACGAUUGGUUCAAACAAGAUCUGCCAAAGUACUUAUUCCCUGAGGACCCCUCCUACAGCAACAACAUGAUUGAUGACGAGGCCUUGAAAGAAGUGUGUGAGAAGUUCGAGUGCACAGAGGAGGAGGUUCUCUCCUGCAUUUACAGUCGCAACCACCAGGACCCGUUAGCAGUGGCAUACCACCUAAUCAUCGACAAUCGGCGCAUCAUGAGCGAGGCCAAGGAUUUCUACCUGGCCUCAAGCCCGCCAGACAAUUUUCUGGACGACGUGGCUGGAAUCAUCAAGCCCCACCCCGAGCGUUUACCCAUCUUCGUGGCGGAGCCUCCUCCGAGGUCUCGCCACACACUGGACGAACUGAACCCCCAGAAGUCCAAGCACCAGGGCGUACGAAGAGCCAAGUGGCACCUGGGGAUCCGCAGUCAGAGCAGACCCAACGACAUUAUGACCGAAGUGUGCCGUGCAAUGAAACAGCUGGAUUAUGAGUGGAAGGUUGUUAAUCCAUAUUAUCUGCGUGUGAGGAGGAAGAAUCCUAUCACAGGAAUGCAAACCAAGAUGAGCCUUCAACUCUACCAGGUGGACAGCAGAACCUACCUCCUUGACUUUCGUAGCAUAGAUGAUGAUAUGCUGGAGACUAAAUCUGGAACUGCUACCCCUCUCCGCUCUGGGUCCGUGGGCAACCACCGUGCCACAGUAAAGAGCGACGCAGAGGGAGCAGACGUUUCGGCCACCUCCAGCACUGCGCAGCCCACCAAGACCGCCGAAGGCUCCCUAGGUUCCUCUCUGACCUCGUCCGUCGACUCGUCGGGUGGUGCGGACAGCACGCCCGCCCCCCGACCGGGAAGCCACACCAUCGAGUUCUUUGAGAUGUGCGCAAAUCUUAUUAAACUACUUGCACGAUAGCUUGCAAAACAAUCAUCGCUAGCCUUUUUUCUCUCUGAGUGUCUUUAUAGCAAUAAGCAUGCAACCGAUUCAUGGCUCACUUUAUCCAGGCGGAGGAUGAAGUGAUUGUUCCAUGGCACUGAUGCAGGUUGGCGUUCCCUGAGCUGUAGGGGGAGGUAUACCGAGCUGACUGGGUCUGUAGGAGUUGAAGAAAGAGGAAUCACGUGCUACUUAACUAGGACAGAACAUUUCAGAGGGGAGGGUAAGAAGGUGGGGGUGGGGGGGUCUUUGAAUUUCCAAAUCAGUCCUAACAACAGAUGCCCACAUCCCAAAUACAACUAUAUGCGGAAGUGAUUACACUGAACGGUCUGUACUUAUAGCCUGUAAGGCGCACGUUUCAGUACAGAGAACAAAAUCUUGUUUUUUUUUUUUUUGGCCUGCAGAGGAGGAAGCAACGGGUUGGGGGGGUUAAGAAUUGAGUGGCAGUCAUAGGAGGCAGGAAGCACUUUUGCACAACUUUCUUUAAUUUUCUGCUGCUUGUAGUUUUAUUUUAUUUUUUGGUAGGGAUCAGAGAGGCGUUGCAGAUGUAUCGGGGCACUGCACUAUUUUCCAUGCCGAUCACAUUCAGUUGGACCCCAAAACGUGCAGUGACCCUUGAUGUCUGCAAUGUGUCAGGCACAAAAAACAGGAUGCUUCAUCAGAUUUAUGUAGGGUUUUCUUGUUUUUGUCAAAUACUUAAAUGUUCAUGAUCUUGUCCUCUUUGUAAAAACAAUUUUUUGAACUUGUUUGUCCCCCUGCAUUUUUAUAUAUAAAGGCGUGAACAUAUUUAUCAAUGCAUUAAGUGGAGGAGGUUUUGGUUGUAACAGAAUUUGAUUUUUUUUUCUUGCAUUAAAUUCUAUUGCUGGAUAUUAGACAUAUAUAAAUGUAUAUUCCUUUCUCUUUUUUUUUUUUUACUCUUUUUAGGUCUUUGUCAGUUUUGUUGCCGUCAAUCACAAUUGUUCUGAUACUUGAUUGUCUUUCUAGAUAACUAGCUUGCUUUUCCAAUUUAAGAGGUGUUUUGUUAUGACACACAAAUCUAGAAAUAUAUCAUUUUAAGUGUUCAUGUGUUAGAUGGACAAAUUGAUUUUGAGUUUUUAUGUUUUUCUUUGUUUGGGAUAAAGUAUAGGAUAUGAGUAUGAUUACUGAGUGAAAUGCCUUUGGCCUACAUUCAUUUCAUAAAUGCCAAUCAGUCAUGUAUACAGACAUCAAGGCCUAAUUUUCAACAAAUAGUAGCAGUUAUAGCCGAUAUGUGGAAAGUUCAUCGGUGAAUACAUAUAAAAAUUGUUUUGUUUUUUUUCCUUCAGAUUUUUAGUUUUUAAUUGCUCUCACAUUCCUUUGAAAUUUGACAUUUUAUUCCAGACUUAACUUGAAUUUAUUUGGUACUGUAAAUUGUUAAGGACAAAACAUUUUUGGUAAGAUGGUAACCGUGUGACAGAUUUAUAUUUGAUAAAGUUUGUCCGGAUAUUAAACUUGCAGACUUACAGUCACAGGUAUGUCUUUAAAUAGAACACAUCUCAUUCCAUUUCCUGUUCAGUCUUAAAAGUUUUGAGUGGUAAUUGUUUGGCUGCCUUAUCCUUAUUAGUACUGUUUACCCGUUUUUAUGCUUGAAAUUUGAUUCCAGUGCUGGUCAGAAAUAUUGGCACCUUUUGCAGUUUUUAAAGAUUGAUGUCCACGGCUUAUAUUGUUAGUCUUACACAUUUAAACUGGUUUUGAGAAACGUAAUACUUUCUUACAAAAAUAAAAGUCUGACCUCGAGUUUGAUUUUGUUUGUUUUUUUUAAAGUCACCCUUUCUUGAGAUUACUGCUGUUUAGCUUUAAACAACACUGACAUAAGUUCAGAUCAUGAUUAAAAUUGCAAAGUGUGUCAAUAAUUGUGAUCAUGUUCUCUCGUAGUGUAUGAAAGGUUUCCACCCAAAAAUAUUCAGUUCAUAUUUGACUUUGAUGUCUCAGUUUUUAAACCACAGGUUGAAAAAAAGAGGGUAAAGACAGUUUAUAGUGUUGUGGACAUGGUUUAAAAUAGUACUUAUUUUUAAAGGGUUUCUUGAAAGUCUAGAUUAUCAAAACUUGUCAUGCCUUACAUGAUGGGUUUUGUAGGAAAGAUGAAUGUGUGCAAAAAACAUUAACUCUUUGAGAGAUUAUGGAAAGUGUCCUAGAAGACUGUUUUGUACAGUCUGGUUGAACCUCUUCAAUAUAUUGCUCUAUUUUUCUUUGGUGUGAAGGGAGUCCCUACCAGAUUGAGCAGUGUAAAUCUAAAUGGAAAGUGUUGAAUCAUUUGUAUACACAACUGGCUAAUAAACUGCUAAUAAAUUGCA